AUGAUGGUCAUUAAUUCAAUUGAAAUGCUUUGCAAAAUUAAUCCUGUAGUACGUUCAUUGGUACGAUUAUCAGGCAAUAAUUCUUGGAAAAUUACCAAAUUAAAUCAUGUUGCAAUUGCUGUGCCAGAUCUAGAAAAAGCUGCUUCAUUUUAUCGUGAUAUUUUACGCGUUGAAGUUAGCGAACCAAAACCUAUUAAAGAACAUGGUGUUACUACAGUGUUUGUACAAUUAGAUAAUGUUAAUAUUGAAUUGAUUCAACCACUUAGUGAUAAUAGUCCUAUUAGUAAAUUUAUAGAAAGUAAUAAAAAUGGUGGAUUACAUCAUCUCUGUGUUGAAGUUGAUAAUAUAUACAAUUGUUUGAAGCAUUUAAAAGAUAAAAAUAUUCGAACAUUAAGUGCUGAACCAAAAAUUGGAGCAUCAGGUGCACCUGUCUUAUUUCUACAUCCUAAAGAUACAUGCAGUGUACUGCAUGAAUUGGAACAUGUUCCACAAAACCAUGAUUCUCAUUAAUAUACAUUAGUGUGUGUGUUGUAAUUAUUAUUAUUAUUAUUAUUAUCAAAGGUAA